CUUGAGAGCGCAAAAUGGCAUGUUGGGCAUGCCUGUACUGUUUUUAAAUUAUUUGUAACAUAUACAUUCAUACAUUAAGUUUAUAAUUUUUCUCUUGUUAGAUGUAAUAUUUACUGAAGUAGCUCAUAGAUAUAAAAUUCUUCUACAUCUCCAUUUAUACACUGCGACGAAAAUAUCACCAUUCGGUAAUCCAUAAAAUUUUACCUUUUCUUAAAUAUUUGCACUAAGUAUAGUAUAGUUUUGUGCAUUAUUGUGCUUAGUAGUUCAUUUUCGGCAGCGCGUCGUGUGCAUUGUGCAGCAUGGAAAAUAAUAAUAAAAUGACAACAAACAGUAAAAUCGCCCUCCCAGUGAGUAGAGAGGAUGAUCCAGGUGUGCUAUCUGUAAUAUAUCGUUUCUUUAAAAAGGUAGCUAUAGUAGGUGCAGUUUACUUGGUGGGUUACAUGCAAUGGAGUGUCGCAUGGCUGAUUGGUCCCGUUAUACUGUCCGUCAUGCGCGACCAGUGGCGCAAGGAGAGCGAGUAUCGACGCAACCUCGCCAAAACUGCCGCUAUGUCAUCGGAGAAGGACAUUGUCCUUGCAAGAUUAGAUGAUCUACCUUCAUGGGUAUUCUUUCCUGACGUAGAGAGAGCAGAAUGGCUGAAUAGGAUAAUUCUCCAAGUAUGGCCCAACGUCAACCAUUACGCAAGAACUCUCCUUAAGGAAUCGAUAGAGCCUGCAGUGGCCGAGAGUUUGGCGAAUUAUAAAUUGAACGGAUUUAAAUUCGAACGAAUGAUUCUGGGCACGAUUGCGCCCCGCGUUGGAGGCGUCAAAGUCUACGAUAAGAACCUGUCGAGGGAUGAGAUCAUCAUGGACGUGGACUUGUUUUAUGCAGGAGACUGUGAUAUAUCGUUCAUACUACAAAGAAUUCGGGGAGGCAUUAAAGAUCUUCAGAUCCACGGCAUGCUGCGCGUGGUGAUGAAACCACUGAUCAGUAAAAUACCGCUAGUGGGUGGGCUGCAGGUGUUCUUCCUCAACAACCCUGCGAUAGACUUCAACCUCGUUGGCGCUGCGGAUAUUCUGGAUAUGCCUGGCUUUAGCGAUAUCUUGCGUCGCUGCAUCGUGGAACAAGUAGCGAAGAUGAUGGUGUUGCCGAACAAAUUGCCCAUAAAAUUGAGCGAUGAAAUCCCCACGGUCGAUCUGCGCAUGCCGGAACCUGAAGGAGUACUUAGGAUUCAUUUGGUACAAGCUCAGAAUUUAAUGAAAAAAGAUGUGUCUAUGUUGGGUAAGGGUAAGUCGGACCCCUAUGCGAUCAUAACCGUCGGUGCUCAGCAAUGGAAGACCAAACACAUUGACAACAACAUCAACCCACGAUGGGAGUUCUGGUGUGAGGCGCUUAUAAGUUCAAGAAAGGGUCAAGUGAUGCAGUGCGAGCUGUGGGACUGGGAUCCGGGAAUGGGCAUUCAGAAUGAUGACUAUCUCGGCAGAUGCUCUUUAGACAUCUCACAAGUAGUUCGCGCCGGUCGACUUGACACGUGGCAAACCUUACAGCAAGCGAAGUCAGGGAAGGUCCAUCUGCGUCUAUCUUGGCACAGAUUAUCUACCGAUUUGUUAGACCUUAGUCACGCAAUUACGGAGACGCAGUUGGUGAAGAACGCAGAACUUAGUUCGGCAGUUGUAUCUGUCUACAUUGAUUCUUGCAGGAAUUUACCGGAUGCACGCGCGCAGUCCCGCCCGGACCCCUACCUGACGGUGACGGUCGGCAAGAAGACUGAGAACACGGCGGUGCAGAUGCGCACGGAUAGCCCUGUCUACGAGAUUGGAUACUCCUUCCUCGUACAGAAUCCCGAAAUUGAUGUGGUGGACAUCAAGGUUUUGGAUCAAAAAACUGGCAGUCAGCUCGGCCAGUUGACUUAUGGAAUAUCUGCAUUGUUGAAACAAAACAAUCUAAUCAUGCUGAACCAACCGAUGAACUUACAAAAAUCUGGCCCUGAAUCCAAAAUCACUUUAGCCCUGCAACUGAAGAUCCUCAAAGAAGCUAUCAAGGAAGAGGACUUCGAGGAGGAACCCGCAGCCGCGGAGGCCGACACACUGCCCCCCGCCCCUGCCGUCGCCCCUGCCGCGCCCGCUGAGAGCACUGACGGGCCGGCGUCGGCGCCUCUGGCCGCUCCAGCACCGCCUGCGAAUCCGGCGAUAAACUCUUCAAACGCAGAGCUAAAGAACAUGGAUGACUCCAUACCGUCCACAGUUUCUGAUGAUACAUCUGACAAGUCUAUUCCUGUCGAACAUAUUACACAGGCUGUCGAUAUGCCUCUUCAGGAAAUGCCGUCCGAACGGGAGUCACCGAAAUUAGUUCACAGGGUCUCUUCACUGACCACGUCGGCUGGUGAAGCAGGUCUUGGUCGUAUUCUCCUGUCACUCCGUUAUAGUAUGCAAAAUCAAAUUCUUUAUGUGGUCGUGCAUAAAAUCAUGAACAUACCUCUAAAGGACCCAACCAAUGUGCCUGAUCCUUAUGUGAAGCUGUAUUUGCUGCCCGGCCGCUCUAAGGACUCUAAACGGAAGACUGUGGUGGUGAAAGACAACUGUAUGCCGGAAUACGACGAGCAGUUCGAAUGGGCCAUCCCUCUGGCGGAGCUGCACUCGCGCCAGGUGGAGGUCACCGUCGCUACGCACAAGGGCUUCCUCGGUGGCAGCCCUGUCAUCGGACAGGUACUAGUGCACCUCAACCAGUAUGAUUUCCGUGAAGCGAAGACACUAUGGUUUGAUCUUCUGCCGGAAUCCACACCAAGAGAUUAGAAUUAGGAGCACAAUUUUGAGAUCUUAUGAUUAGUAUUUUUAUUAUAACGCUUAUGCAAAACUGUCCAAGGAUCUGUUACAAAUAUAUUUAUUUUUUUGUAUUUUUAUAUUCUUAUCUUAUUAUGCAACAUAUUUAUACACCGUGAAGCAUUCUUCGUCUUAAACCGUAAUCCAAUACCCAAUGAUAAUAUAUCAAUUAAUUUGUACAUCAUUCAAUCAUUACAAAGUACAUUUCAAGGUGUUACAAUUGUAACAAAUUUUCAAAAAUUUAUUCUUUUAAAACAUACAUUUUUCAUCUUUAAAACACCAUCAUCUCGUCGAUCCCUUUAAGGUCAUUCACUUUAGCCUAAACUAGGUCAAAGUUCAAUGACUUCAUACUUACGAAACAGAAUUAAACAGGAUGUUGUUUUUUUUUAUAAAUUCAUUUCUUUUUCGCUAGGGUGUGAAUUAGCUUGAUGUCAUUUUUAAUAUCGCUAAAGGGGUUUCUUUUAUUGGACUAAUAACUGUCGAUGCGGAUUACAGACGGUGAAACUAACACGGUGUAUUUAUGAUUCUAAUUAAUGUUUAAAUUAGUAAAAAAAUAUGAGAGUUUAAUACAAUUUUAUUUUAUUUAAGCAACUUCUUAUGAUAAAAAGAAACUAUCAGUAAUAUACUUCUCAUCAAAAAAAUCGAAACAUUCCGCAAGUACUUACUGUUACAGGCGGACUGUUUCGAUUUUUUUUUAUGAAAAGUAUAUAUUUAUAUAGUAUUAUGUUGUUGAUGUACUCGUAUGACAAAAAGUUAUUUAUAUGAAUGUUUAUUGUUCCCUGAAUGUUAUCAAUGUUGUAUUGUCAUUGUUGUAUUUAAUAGAUUUUAUGAGAAUGUGUCUAGUACUCUAUUAAAAGUCUAUAUUUUACGUUAAGUAAAGUGAACUUAAUUACAGCUUAUGAAUUUUAAAAUAGGUUAAAUUUCUAAAUAAUACUACCUACAAAGUGUUAUAAAAUUAUUGCUUUAAGUGUAUGCUUUUACUAAGUUAUAAAUAUACUAUUUUUUAAAUGUG